GCUUCUCCUUAGCAUUGAAAGCACAUAGUUUAGAGAAUAAAGCACUUAUAUUAUUUGUUGUACGAACUGUACGUUUAGUUUUUAUUACUUUUUUCAUAAUAUUGAUAAAAUUCCUCGUUGUGUGAGCGUAGUCGUGUAUGGGAGCGAGUUCGUCUUCGAAUAUGUCUUCGCCAGUUGUUAUCUCAGCAACAGCAAAGCACACGGCUACGGUGAUUUUUCUACAUGGCUUAGGUGAUACAGGUCAUGGGUGGGCAGCAGCACUGGCCUCUAUCAAGAAUCCUCAAAUUAAGUAUAUCUGUCCAACAGCCCCAACGAUGCCAGUGAGCCUAAAUGCAGGAUUCCGGAUGCCAUCUUGGUUUGAUCUCAUGACUUUUGAUGUGAAUGGUCCAGAAGAUGAACCUGGCAUAAAGAAAGCAGCUGAAACAGUUCAUCACCUUAUGCGAGAUGAAGAGAAAAAUGGGAUCCCAACAGAGAGGAUACUUUUAGGAGGGUUCUCACAAGGAGGUGCUUUAGCACUGUAUUCUGCUCUUAAGUUUACUAAACCAUUAGCAGGAGUCAUUGCAUUUAGCUGUUGGCUGCCAUUAAAUAAACAGUUUCCUGAGGCAGCUGUAGGGAAUCUAGACAUUCCUGUGCUGCAGUGCCAUGGAGAUAUUGAUCCUGUUGUUCCUUACAAGAUUGGGCAGCUGACCUCAGAACUUCUAUCCAAGUUUAUGAAAAAGUUGGAGUUCAAGACCUAUAAAGGCAUGAUGCAUAGUUCUUGUGAAGAAGAAAUGCAAGAUGCAAAAGGAUUCAUUGAGAAGUAUUUACCGCCUUUGUAAUGAUGAUCAGCUAUCUAUAUUAAAGAAAAAAAUACUUUGUUAAAUGUUACUUACGUUCAUCACUGUAAAGACAUCUCUGCAACUUGUCAUGGAGAGGAUGUUUUUGUUCACCCAUGCAUCUUAUCCAAUUCAUCAUAGGAUUAUAAAUGAUAGUAUUUACUGGAAGGUACUGUUGGCUCUGUUGCUAUUUCUUUAUGACUGGAAAAUCAGUGCCAUUAAAUGUAUGAAAGGAAAAAUAAAAUAGGCCAACUUUACGUUUAUCAUUUACGUUAAUAAACAGUUUGUUAUUACUAAAGGUUUUUUGUUUUUUUUAAUAUCAACUGGAAAAAUUAGUAUGUAUCCCAAGGUAAAGUCUAUCAUCAUUCUGGGUGAUUUUUAAAGAUUUUUAAUGGUAAUUGUUUUUUACACUAUUGAGUACUUCCAAAAGAAUAAAAUUACACUAAUUUACAAAACUGUGUAUCAGUGUAUAUAUAUGUAUACCAUAUGUACAGUUGAAACAGUAUUAGAAACUAAUAAAUAAGUGUCAUACUGGUUUUAAGAGUUCUUACCAGAACUUUGUACAAUAGAUAUGGUUUUAUUUGGUAUUUUUACCAAAUCUGCUAGUUCAUGCUGUUGUAGUUGUAGUACAAAUGCUUGAACAAAAAUAUUUUAGGCUAUUGUACAUAAUUCUCUCUCUUGUCUAGUAGUACUUAUUGAAAGCUUCAUUGUAAUCCUUGUUUAUAUUCUCCAUUUCCACAAACUUGACUUUCCUUUGAAUAAUCACCAACAUUUUUGCUUUUGUUAUUUAUGAUUUCAGUAUUUUGUUUACUUAGAAAGUGUACACUUUAUAUCUUCAACUAUACUUUAUGUACAGAAAAAAAACAUUUAGCAAAUUGUCACUGGAAUCCUAAUAUAUGUUGUUUAACAAAGUAAACAGUAAUGUAUUUUUCCAUUGUUAUACAUAACUAUAUUUUAUAUAUUAUAAAUCAAGUUAAAUUAUUCAUAUGGGAUUAAAAUAAAGAAAUAAAAAAAUCAUAUUUGAAAAACAUGUAGAGAAUUUGAGGGUGGUAAUGAACAUUAAUCUUAGAUGCUCUUAAGAAGUGCUUUAAAAGUAUUUCUGCUGUGUUUUUAUCACUUCAUAAAAUUUAUAUGGUUAAUUUGAUAGGACAGGCUGAUUAUCAUUAAAUUUAGUUAGCUAUAAAUGACAACACAGUAUUGAGCUUAUAAUUAUUCAUUUUUUUCUAUAAAAUAUGUUAAAUAUUGAACUAGUUUUAUGUUCUUUUAUUAUUCAGAAUUUUCACAUUUUAAAUAAAGAAUGGUGUGCUUUUCUUACUGGGGUUUUAAUUAAUGACUUUUGUGAGCUGAUCCAUGAAGUUGUACUUCUUUCCAGUUUUUAGGUAAAUUUUUGUUAAUUCUGCCAAUGUGCUUUGUGAAAACCCUCCUCCAACCUCUAUCAAGCAGUAGCUGAGUCUGAUAAAAUUACAUACCCAGGAGGUACAUUAGAUAAUGUUGUGAAUUAAUUAUCCACAAUAUAGAUAUUUUCACGACAUUUAUUCCAGUAGUUUUUUCACGGCUAUAUAUUUGUUUUGUAGUCUCUCGAUUUAAACAUAUAUACCUUUUUAUACUGAUAACAUUGAUUUCUUUUUUUGCAAAUAGUAAGACUUAAUUGUUAAGUACAGCAUACAGUACUUACUUGUAAUAGCUUUUGCAGUGAUAAUGAGCACCCGUUAUUCUUUAUUUUGUUCUGUAGUAAUUCUAUUGGCUAUUAUUUGUACUGAUUAUCAUAUUAAUAAAAUUGUAUUUUAGUUCCAUGUCAA